AUGCCAGUUGAAAAAUGUCCUGCUAUUGUUUUUUGCGAUUUUGAUGGUACAAUAACUGCACAGGAAACGUUUGUUGGUAUAUUAAAACAUUUUGCUCCGUCAGUAUCAAGUGAAAUAUUGCCAAAAAUAUUUUCCAAAGAAAUAACGUUACGUCAAGGUGUAAGACAAAUCGUCGAAUCAAUUCCAUCGUCUGCUUAUCCUGAUCAAUUACAAAAUUUUGUUCAAGAUAAAGCGAUACGUCCAGGUCUUUCAUCAUUAAUUGAUUAUCUUGAUAGUCGACAUAUUCCAUUUGUUGUUGUUUCCGGUGGUAUACGUUAUAUUGUAGAAGUUGUUCUUAAACGUGAAAAUUUAUUAGAAAAAUGUUCGAAAAUUUUUGGCAUUGACGUUGAUGCAACUCAAGAAAAAUUAAAAGUUAUAUCAGAAUGGGAAUCCGGAAACGAAUUAGUAGCUAAAGUCGAUGUCAUUAAACGUGAAUGUCAAAAUAAUGAAAAAAUUAUUGUUAUAGGAGAUUCAUUAACCGAUGUGAAUGCAUCGAAAUGUGCAGAUAUAGUUUUUGCACGUGAUGGCCUAUGUAAUUAUUUGAAGGAGGAAAAUGUUGAAUUUAUUGAGUGGACUGAUUUUAAUCAUAUAAAAGAGAAGCUCCAAUUAAUAGAGAAUCGUUUUCUUUUCUAG